AUGGAGACACUGGAAGCGGCCUGUCGUGUUUAUGUGGGGAAUUUAUUGCCCAAAGUGAAGGAAGUCGAUCUUACAAGCAAAUUUACGCGUUAUGGAACAAUCCAUAGCGUCUGGAUUGCACGUAAACCUCCAGGUUUUGCGUUUGUGCGAUUUGCGACUCCGGAUGAAGCACAACGAGCGGUAAAUGCAAGUGGAAAUGGAGAGAUGAAGAUUCUGGGCAAGACUGUGCGGGUGCAGAUGGCAGGGGACAAGGAGAAGGAGAGAAAAAGCAGAGGGAGUGAGAGGGAGAGAGAAGUGGACGUGGAUCGAGAGAAAUGGACGAGGAGCUAUAGGGAGAGGACGGAGGAUUCGAGUGGAUGUAAUGAGGGACGGGAUCGAUGUAGAAGAAGUAGAAGUGGUGGUCGGAGAAGUGAGAAUGGUGGGAGAUUGAGAAACAGCUGCAGAGAAAGUUCUCGUCGUAGCAGGUCGAGAUUGAGAACAAGAAGCUCGAGCAGGUCUAGAGUAAGAGGAGGUCGCAGUCGUAGUCGCAGUCGAAGUCGACGGUAA